CGCUUUUUGGUGCUUGCAAUGCCGAUACCAGAUUGAGUUGCAAGUUAAAUCUACUUGACCUGACCAUCCAACCCCACGUCGGCAACAGACGCGCCACCACUUCUGCACCAUGCCAGAAUAUCUUGUCAGGCUCGCGCAAGCGCACGAGAGUUUUCGGAAAGCUGAACUGCGGGCUUUGGCUAAUCUAGCUGGGGUUGCUUUGGAGUUUGUUAGGUAUGAAGAAGAUUCUCCAUACUGUUUGGUCCGUCUACCCUCCGACUCGGCAGCACGAGAGGUCAUCACCCGCAGUAUAUUAUCACAAGGUAUCUACGAGCUGUGGGGUCAAGGCUCGACGUAUGAUGCACUUCAUCAAUCGAUCCGUGACACGUCAGCUUCCAAAUGGCCACAGUACAGCUCUGGUUCGUUCCGCUUCACAGUGGAGGGGUUUCGUGGGGGGCAUUCUACCGCUGAUCAGCGCGCCAUUAUCGAUUCCUUUUCUUACCUUGGAUUCAAAGGACCGCCACGGAUGCGGGACCCCGAUGCUUCAUUCCGCGUCUUCGAAGACUACGAUUUAGAUGUGUCUGAAGCAAAGUACAUGUACUUUGGAAGACUUGUUGCAGAGUCGAAACGCAACGAUGCCAAGAAAACGUACGAUCUGAAGAAGAGGCACUAUAUUAGCACUACUUCCAUGGACGCUGAACUGGCCCUCUUGACAGCAAAUAUCGCACAUGCGGCACCCGGCAAGCUAUUCUACGAUCCUUUCAUGGGCACUGGUGGUUUCCCUGUGGCGUGCGCUCACUUCGGGGCCGUCGUAUGUGGAAGUGACAUCGACGGCCGUGCUAUUCGAGGCACAGGAGGUAGUGCCAGGAGAGGGCAAACCGGCAAAAAAGACGUUGUUGGCAACUUCAAGCAGUACGGCAUGGAGGCCCAAUACCUCGGUGGCUUUGUCUCGGACCUGACGAAUACACCACUACGGAUACUGCCGCGCGACAACGAUUACACAACCGGCUACCUGGACGGCAUCGUCUGCGACCCACCGUACGGUAUCCGCGAAGGCCUCAAAGUCCUUGGUACUCGCGAUGGGCUCGGCGACUCGCGCAAGAAAACGCAUGAGGAUAAAUAUAAGGAACCGGGGUACAUUCCGCCCAAGAAGCCGUACUCGUUCACGGCGCUUCUUGACGAUAUUCUGGCUUUCGCUGUCGCUACCCUUGUUGAGGAUGCGCGGCUCAGCAUGUGGAUGCCGACGGCAAAUGACGAGGAUAUCGAGCUGAUCAUACCCAGCCAUCCUUGUCUUGAACUCGAAUCGGUCUGCGUACAAGCUUUCAAUAAGUGGUCACGAAGGCUGCUGACGUAUCGACGGCUGCGCGAAUCUGAGAUACCGGAGGGUUCACUGGAGGCUGUGAAGAGGGAGUAUGAGAAGGGAAAGAGGGCUAGCGAGCUGAACGAUUUCCGCAGGAAGUACUUUGAGGGCUUUAGGGAAUUCGAGACGAUGAAGAAGGAGUUUAUCAGGAUGAAGACGGACGAUGGGACUAACGGGAAGUUGUCCGAUCCUUCAACUGAGGGCAAGACAGAGGAUAUACAUUUGGAAUGAUGCUUGUCUGGGGUGUAAUCGCCUGAGCGUAUUGUCACUACUUUCCAACUGGCGAGCAAACGACCACGCUCGAACUCAACGUCUCGACUGUGCUUCCAAUCGAGUCACAUCUGUUGAAGAAGGUGUAACACAAUUUCAAGUGAUUCGACUCGCCAACCUCGUAUACCCGAUGCGUUUGAACGCAAUUCAAGAGCAAUGGCGUUGAUGAAGGUCAUAUUCGAAGACCAAAGAAGAGUAUCUGGACGACGCGUAUCACACCUGUGACGUCAGGGUCAAGAGUCAUAAGAUACGAUGGUUGGAAGACCCGAAUCACGAAUAUAGUGACAGACAGUGGUGGUUGCUGAAGUUCAUGUUCACUCAAAACGAAGUCAUGAGGCAAGACGAACAGAAUCCAUAACAGCGAUAGAAGAAUCGAAAAGCCAUGAAUUCGAUGGUGGGUGCAUGUAAGACGUGAUGUGUUUC